AUGACAUUCAUCAUGUAAAUAAACUUGACGUACCUACGUACGUAUUUGUAUGUCGGAUUUAUUUAUAGACGAGUCUCUCUGUGACGAGUCACAUAUUUACAACAAAAAUGUACAAUUUUUUCGUGACAAAAUAACACAACGAAGUAUUGAGUGUAGAAAACUAGAUUUUUAUAACGAAAACUGUUAUAUAUCAUAAUUUAUUUAUGUCAUAUAUUUAUCGAAAAUGAUUUUAAACGUAAUAAGUAUAACUGUGUGCGCCUCAAGUUUUGUAUAUACUUGUUAUAUUUUAUGUAAUCUAACCUAUUUCUUAUCGAGUCACAAUAAGGAUGACAGUCUUCGUACAGUAUCAGGUGAUAACGCAAUACAGUCCACCCUGUGGACCCUCUUAAUAGACAUGUCACUGCUCUCAAUUUUCAUCUUUCAACACUCCGUUAUGGCCAGUGAUUUUAUCAAGCAAAUUUUCUUUAAACUACAUAUCGAAUAUCUCAGCAGGAGUAUUUACAAUGCCUGCAGCUCUGCAAGUCUUCAUUUCUUGAUUAAUAAGUGGCAGCAAUCUCCAGCCCUAAAAAUAUGGAAUAUUGAAACUUCCAAUGAUACAGUCUGGAUGCUAUUUUCUGGUCUCCAUGUAUUUUCUUGGUGCAUUAUUUACAGUGGAUGUAUCAUGAUGGACAUUGCAGAGCUUUGUGGACUUAAGCAGGUUUGGUACAAAGUAUCUGGAAAGAACAGUCCACUGGAUGCAAAAUCUAAAGAGUUACGCAGAUACAUAGAACAUAUGAGGCAUCCUAGUUUCAUUGGAUUUCUCAUUAUUUUAUGGAUCUAUCCUUUCAUGAGUAUGGAUCGAUUAUUAUUGGCCAUCAUAUUAACGAUAUACAUGGCAUUGAUGUGGACCAUAGAUUCUGAAGAUUAUGGUUAUCAUAUCAGAUAUUUCAGACAGAAGCAAAUAGAACUCUCUUAGUUAUAUAUUUA